UGUCACUCAUAAACAGUGUCGACCAUGCUUGUGACGUCAUAAAAAGAUAUUUGUGAUUUUAGCAAAAGACUGCGCCAUAUAGUUUAUGGUUACAGUAAACUAUGUCUUAUUGUAUUAAUGUUAACGAUUUGCUACUGUUUUAUAUCAAGUUAUUGUCAUUUGAUUGAUAAGCAUAGAUAUAACAUUUGGAACUAUUUCCUGAUGUGCGGAAGCGUUUUGAAGAGUUCAUUUGGCGCGCAUAUUUGAUUGGAUGACAGUGGUUCAAAUCGGCGAUUCAAGCAUUCUGAUUGGUCGGAGCUGUCGCAUAACCGUUUACGGAGUCUGAGGAAUUGUAUCAAGGGGCAUCCAUAUAAAAGACGCGCCGCAGACGACUUAGGACAUUCAACUUUUCGGCCACACAAGAUCUAAAAUUAUUUAAACUUUUAAAACCUUUAAUAAUAAUAAUAACAAGAAAGAACUGGGAUGUCGGACAAAAUGGAAAAAUGCUGGUUGUGUGAAGCCUACUUUCCCGACAGGAAGUCACUAAAUGUCCACCUGAUCUCUUCAGCCCAUCGACGACUUUCUGUGAUGUGCGCUUGGUGUGAGGGGAAAGAGAACGUUUACACCCGUAUAGCGGAUCUGGAAUCACAUGUGAAAAAAGUCCACCGAGAGGUUACAAUAAGCAAGGACCAGUUCACGAGGGCGAAUGGGUUUUACUUUGCCAAGUAUCCUGAGGACUACGCUAAAGUAGUUGACAACAUCAACCCUUACGACUCCAAGGCGGCCUAUGAAGCGAGGAAAGCCAUGAGAAGUUGGAGCGAUACAUUUUCCGACAAGCAAGCUAGGGGAGAUCAAUGGACAGCCGGUUGGAGGAAAGGAUUGGAGAUUUUAAGAGGUAUGGCGAAGAAGAGGGAAUCCAGGGAGCGGAGCGUGUCGCGAGACAAGAGGACUGUUGUUGAGAAAUCCGCAAGAACUGAAAGACAAGUGAAACGGGAAGAUAGCAGUUCGGUUGCUCAGUUGGAACAAGGCACAAGCUCGAAAGUAGCAGCUGAAAAAAACAGGCCAAAAGAAACUGAAAAGGGACUAAAACGUAGGAGGCAAGAGUCGGAAGGGGAUCAAGACUUUGAUCACAGGGACAACAUAGAGUUGGGUGAAGAAGCAGUUUCGGAGAGAAAUAUGGGCCCAGAUCGAGACAGGGUUGUUUCUCCAAGUGGUGAGAUAUCUUCCUCCUCCUCCUCCUCCUCCUCCUCAUCUUCCUCUUCAGCGUCGUCCUGUAGCUCAGCCGUGCUGGGUUCAAGCAGCAGCUUAAAGGCCAGAGCCUUUCGGAUUCUGAAGAAGGGCUGUAUGCCCAUGUGUCCGCCUGCAAAAAGGGAUUGGUCAUUGGUCAAUGAUUUCUCCAUGGAAGCGAACAACCAACAGAUUGUAUGGCCGCCAGCAAAUUGGAAGAAGAUGACCCCUGAUCAGAAACUCAUGGCCCAUGAGUAUGUGGCCAUCUUUCUUGAGCGUGUGGAGAGCACCAACUUCCCAACCUUGUCCAGGAGAGCCCUCUUGGACAAGUACAACUUCAUGUCCCUCGAAGCUGAGGGUAAGCCGACAGUGGAAGAAGGAGAGGCAGAGAAGAUGGACUCAAAAAAUAGGUAUUAUAACUUUAAUUACCUCAAGGCCAUCGUAAAUGGGGAAGUGGAGGAGAGUCGCGUGGCAGAGGGUAUUGUUCGGGGACUUGAACUUGCUGAUAGGUGGAAGGACACAGAUAUUAUAACUGAAAAACUGGAUGAGGCAAACAUUAAAAUACGUGUGGGUGCAUAA